UAUAUUCCAUGUUCUUGACAAACUUUAGUUGAAUUAAUCAGUAUCUCUGUGAAUUGAAUGAAAAAAAAAAAGAUUAUCGAGAACUCACACUCAGCAUGAUUGAAUAAAAGUGUAGACAGUGAGAUUUCAGGCUCCGCCAUGGAUAACCAACCAUACAGCGCCUGUCUGUGCACAGGCUGCACACCACCACAUCACUCUGAACCCCGAGGAGGAGCGGAGAGCAGCUGGUCUUCGACAUGGCUAAAGAAGGAGCAGAUAUGACAGAGGAGACCGAGUACAUGAUAGACAAAAAUGUGGGGAAAGUAACAGAAAACGUGGAAUCGUCCGGCGAUGCCAAAGAAAUGCGAGCGGUGGUACUGGCAGGUUUUGGAGGUCUUAACAAACUCAGGGUAACCAAGAAGGCAAUGCCCGAGCCUCAGGAUGGUGAAGUGAAAAUACGCGUCAAAGCAUGUGGCUUGAAUUUCCUGGAUCUGAUGGUACGUCAGGGAACUGUUGAUAAUCCUCCAAAACCCCCUCUUGUCCCUGGGUUUGAAUGCUCUGGAAUAGUAGAGUCAGUAGGUGAAAACACAACAGGAUUUGAGAUAGGCGACAGAGUCAUGGCUUUUGUCAAUUACAAUGCCUGGGCAGAGGUUGUUUGCACACCUGUGGAUUUUGUCUACAAGAUGCCAGAGGAAAUGACUUUUGCUGAGGCUGCUGCAUUCUCCCUGAACUUUGUGGCUGCCUACAUGAUGCUCUUUGAGGUUGCCAAUCUGCGAGAGGGGAUGUCAGUGUUGGUUCACUCAGCAGGAGGUGGUGUAGGUCAAGCUGUGGCUCAGCUUUGCUCCACUGUACCUAAUGUCACUGUGUUCGGGAUCGCCUCAUGUUUCAAACAUGCAGCCAUCAAAGACUCUGUGACUCACCUCUUUGACAGAAACGUUGAUUAUAUACAAGAAGUGAAAAAGAUUUCUCCAGAGGGAGUAGACAUUGUGUUGGACUGCCUGUGUGGGGAGAACACAGCGAAAGGCCUGACUCUGCUGAGGCCUUUGGGAACCUACAUACUCUAUGGCGCGUCAAACAUGGUAACUGGGGAAACAAAGAGUUUCUUCAGCUUUGCAAAAUCUUGGUGGCAGGUGGAGAAGGUGAAUCCUAUUAAACUAUACGAGGAGAACAAAGUCAUAGCAGGAUUCUCGCUCCUAAACCUCCUCUUUAAACACAGGAAAUGUAGUCUUGUGAGAUCAGUGAUGGACAAACUCUUGUGUCUCUAUGAACAAAAGAAGAUCAAGCCGGUAGUGGACUCCCUAUGGGCGCUGGAGGAGGUAAAAGAGGCCAUGCAGAGAAUCCAUGACAGAGGCAACAUAGGAAAACUCAUUCUGGAUGUCGAGAAGUCUCCCACCCCUCUGAUGGCCAGCGACAGCACAGAGACCAGUGAGGCAGGAGAGGAAGAAGAGGAGCCAGAAGGAGACAACGACAGCAAGGAGCGAAUGCCUUUCAUCCAUUAAACUCUUCAAACCCCACUUAACACGCCUAGAGACUGCAGAGGAACCCAACCACACACAAGUGUUGUACAGUACAGUAUGUGUGUGUAUGCAUGUAUGCAUGAAUGGAUGUAUGUACAAUAUAUGUUUGUGCCUCUUGUCUGUUACCUAUUGUUUGUCAGUUGAUUGGUCAUGCAUAAUUAUUGGGUAAAUGAAGACUAACGUCAUGUUUGUCACCCAAGCAACAGGCGUAAGUGCCAUUCUGAACAUAGUAUUAUUAUAUUCUUAAACUCUGGUAUUAUGUUGUAAUUUAAUGCUACCCAGUGAUGGUAAUAGGUUUGUGUCCAUUUUACAAUUUAAUUCAUCUGCCAACAGUUUAUUGACUGAAUAAGCAUUUAAACCUGCUGACUUGCCAUUAUCCCUUCACAAUUUACUGAAGCACAUAAGUGCCAUAUACUAUAGGAACAAGUGUAAUUUGAUUCCCACCUGUCCUCCAUGAUGACAGCUGUAAAAGCAAAUGAUUGACAUAAGUUUGAGAAAGUGCCCUCAAUGUUUUGAUGCUUCUGACCAAGAGAGUGAAUUACUUUCUCAUGUUACAAUAGUAAUGUGUAAGCCACGAGAGGUCAAAAAGUCUGUGUGUAGAUUUUUGGCAUGAUAUUUUAUUCUUAGUUGCCAACCUUGUAAUAUUAGAGGAUCACCAGUGCCUUUGAGCUACAAACAAUCGUUUGGUACUCAAAAUGCUUUCCUCGUUCACGUUGAACAAACCAACAAAAAAAGGUAUUUUUAACUGAAAUACGAAAACCGGUGCAUAAACUUUAAACCACCAGAGCUCUGUUUAUGUAGUAACUUAUUGGAUUGAGGACAUAUUUUCCCUCUACGCUGUAUAUUCAGAACUUUUACUAAAAUAAUAGAUGCCGUCAUACAGUGUUACAUUUAUUGAAAGGUCAACAUUUAAUAAGAAUAUAUGUAAAUACAAGGAAACAUAAGAUAAAUCAGUAAAUUCAGUAUUGUCUUAGGGAGGAUCAUGAAGUGGUCAGUCAGACUGCAGACGGAGGUUUGUGGGGUCUCUGCUUUGCUUGUCUGACUAAAGUUGUUUACUUACUGGUGCCUCACAACAAAAGUGCCAUUAGACUCCAACAUAAAUAAAUAAUUUUUCACAAUGAGCUGAUGUAUAAAGCCAGCGUGAUGUAGGUCUGAGUAACGCUGUGUAUUCCUUUAUUUAAGUGUGAUUCCCUCUGCGCCAUCUGUGAGUUUUUAAUGAAAUGUAAGAGAACGGCUGACAAAAAAACAAAUGUUCACACUCACAUAUUCAAAUAAUUGAUCUGUUUUCAUUUUUUAUGUUUUAAAAUAAAAACAAACUAUUGUUUUCACUAUUUCUUUGGUCUUGCUUUUUCAGUGUAUUUUAUUUUAGCUAGUCAUCUUAACUAUUUAUUACUUUACUUGAAUCAUUCAAAUGAAACCAGAGUAUACAUCAAAAAGUAUUUUCUCAACUAUUAAAACAAUAAAACAAGACUUUUGUAAUAAUGCCAUUUUAGGAAACAAAAAAUGUAACAGCAAAACUAAUGGGUAAACAGUGCAUGCUUUGAAGUUGAAUGACAAACAGUGGAGAGACAGCGUUAACGGGUGUACAAAAGUGAUGAAAUAGGUAAUUUGAGAAGUUGAUUUAUAGACUUGGAGUAAGGAUGAUGUGUAGACACUUUAGAAAUAUCAAUAACAUCUCAAUUUUGAUGCCUUUAAUGUCAGGCCUGUUUGUAUGUGAGAGAAAGCGAGAGAGAGUGCAUGUUUUUGAGUGUAUUCAUAUUGCCUUGUGUCUAAAAUAGAAAUGUGUUUAAAGAACUGUUUAGCAUUGUAGUGUGUUCACAAAAUUCCUUGGUAGACUCUGGUAGGUUCACUGGUGGUCGUAUAUUUUUGUCACAGUUUUAUUGAGUACUUUCUUUGAGUACAGCUCUGUUUACUUGAAUAAAUGUAUCUGCAAAGUA